GAAUGGGUCGCUCUCCACUCUCAUUAUCUUUUUUCUCUUUGCAAUUUAGCCUUCAUUUUUCUCCCUCUCUCUCAACUCUUUGCUUUUACUUUUCUUUCUCUCAAUCCAUCGACGCCAACAAAUUAAACUCAAUCUCCAACAACAACCAACUCCGAUAACUCCACCGCCGUCGAUUAUUUUUGCUUCAAUGGAGGUCUUGGUGGGUCCCACCUUCAGCAUCGAAGUCUCAUCUCCUUCUCAAGAUCUCCACCACCACCACGGUGAUUCCGCUUCAGCUUCUUCUCACACCCGUGUCUUCCUGGAGGACGGCCAAAUAUUAGGGCAGGACCACCGCCUCAUCUCCAGCCGGAUCGGGUCGGGUCUUGGUAGACCAAAUCAUGAGCUGGAUGAGGAUGAGGAUGACGAUACCUCCACGGAUGGCUCGUCUUCCAUCGGAGAUCCCGACGACAGUGACCUCGACGACGACGAUGAAGCUGACAGCGGCGGUUCCAUCAAAGGAGCGCUCGGUUCUUUAGAUUCACUAGAAGAUUCUCUUCCUAUCAAAAGAGGAUUAUCAAAUCAUUUCGCCGGAAAAUCAAAGUCGUUUACAAAUCUAUCCGAAGUUCUAAUCGGCGAAACGACAGUGAAAGAUCUGGUGAAAACGGAGAAUCCAUUCAACAAAAGAAGAAGAGUACUCAUGGCUAACAAAUACGGAAACAGAAGAAAAGCUUCGUUCUACAGCUGGUCUAACCCUAAAUCCAUGCCUCUUCUUUCAUUACCAGAAGAAGAACAGCUUCAAGAUUAUGAAGACGACGAAGACAAUAAAUCAUCAUCGUCAACUGAACCAGAUCAUCAUCUCCAACUGUCGAAGCUUCAAGACAGAAGGUUUAAACCUAGUUUUAAGUCUCAUAGUUGUUUCAAUCUUGCAGAUCUGGAGGAGGAAGAUGAUGAUGAAGAAUAUCUAUAAUUUUUUAUUUUAUAUUCCGAUUUAUAUGUAAAAUAAAUAAUUAUAUCCUCCAAUCCGAUAUUUUUUUUAA